AUGAAGCACGUACCCUGCGAUAUUAUCUUGGUCAUCGACGUGAGCUAUAGCAUGUCCGGAGCAGCCCCUGUUGUUGGCUUCGACGAACAAGGGAAAGUCACCCGAGAGCAUCCGGGAUUGUCGGUUUUGGACAUAGCAAAACACGCUGCCCUGACGGUACUAGAAACUCUGGACGACAGUGAUCGCCUAGGAAUAGUAAAGUUCAGUGAUACAGCUGAGAUCGUCCAAGACCUUCAAGUCAUGAACCCAGAUAACAAGACAGCUGCAGAUGGUUGUAUCAGAGCACUGCAGGUAGAAAAUUCGACAAAUCUCUGGCAGGGCAUCGUGGAAGGCAUCAAAUUACUCAAAGGUCAAGAGGAUUCGGGCCGCAAUCCAGCAAUAUUACUUCUUACAGAUGGACAGCCGAAUGGCCAUGUUCCUCUCCAAGGCUAUAUUGGGGGCAUUCAAAGCCUGCUGCCGCUCCCAGCAGCCAUUCAUACCUUUGGGUUCGGCAACGACAUCAAGUCGGAUCUUUUGAAAUCUAUAGCCGAGAUUGGAGGCGGUAAUUAUUCAUUCAUCCCCGACGCCGGGAUGGUGGGCACCGUUUUUGUCAAUGCCGUGGCGUAUCUGCAGUCAACAUUCGCCAACCGCUGCGAACUGAGCCUGACAUAUGGCGAGAAUCUGUGCUUCCAACACGGUCUCAUGGAAGAGACCACUGGGAGUAAGGAAGUGGAUAAUCUCACCACUUUGACUUCUAGACUGACACUCGGCUCCGACAAACUCAAGAAGAAGAGACUCACAAUUCCACUUGGUAAUAUACAUUACGGCCAAUCCCGAAUGGUCUAUUUCAACAGCGAUGCACUAGACUGGUCCAAGAUGUCUCCCGAGGAGUUGGAAAUGACUGUCGAGCUGCGAUACUCACGCAUGAGCAGUACACAAUUUGUGGUAGCGGCCCAAUGCAACGGACUAGAAACAAUCUUGCUGCCUGACUGGGAAGUAUCCUACCAUCAAAGCCGCGCGAUGAGCUGCAAGUAUCUGUCCUCAUUCUUCCCUUUUGAGGGAAACGGUGAACGCAAAGCGAUCGAUCUACUAGCGAGACACAUAGUAUCGUCCCGGGAGAGAUUCAGUGCCCUGAGCAAGAUAAUCCCGGCCAAGGAUUUUGACGAUGCCUACAACAAGUCAUUGAUACAAGACUUGGAGGGGCAGAUCAAACUGGCAGUUUUCAACGACAAAUACCUUGGCACAUGGGGAUUACAUUUCUUCCUCAGUCUGUGGGACGCGCAUGCCAAGCAGAUGCGCAAUACCUUCAAAGACCCUGGCGUUCAACUAUAUGGUGUCGACAGCCCACUCUUUCUGGAAUGCCAAAAGAGGUUGGCAUUUGCAUUUGACACGUCUGUGCGGCCCCCAGAGCCGAGUCUGAAGCUCGAAGCCGAUGGAAAGUAUAGUGACGGCAGGGUGACGGUGUCCAUGUCAUGGUACAAUAGGAGCGACAACCCAUGCUUCUCAGCCUCGAGUAUGCUCACGUUGGCCAAUGGCCAGGACAUUCCCGUCAGCAUUCUGCGAAAAGGCUUCGUGCUUCAAACAGCAGCAGGAAGUCGCAAGGUGGCGGUGGUCUUGGAAACCAGGGUGCGCGAAGUCAUCAUGUGUAGGGUCAACAAAACCCUCCUGAUCACCCCGUGGCAUCCCAUUAUCCAUAAAGGCUCGUGGACUUUUCCGGCCACGGUUGCGACUGGAGCCGUCGUCUACUCGGGCUCGGUCUACUCGAUUCUGUUAGAACCUGACACGGAUGCACAGGCGCACACUCUCCGAAUUGGCGGGGUCUGGGCUACGACAUUGGGCCACGGCGUUACCAGUGGGAGGGAUGCCAGAGCGCAUCGCUUCCUAGGAAACUAUGCCCGAGUCUCGAAAGCAUUGGCGAUACUAGGAAUCAGCCCAGACGGCGUUGCCGUCAGUUCUGGAGUCAUCCGCGACAAGCGCAGCAAGAGAUUGACGGGGUUCAAGAACAUCUGCCCCAGCUCAGCGCAGCUGGAGGCGUGA